AUGGAUCAGGCCAAGCUGGCGAAGAUGCAGGCGAGCGUGCGGAUUGGCAAGGGUACUCCCCGCCGUAAGGUCAAGAAGGUCACCCGCACCGCCGGUGCCGACGACAAGAAGCUCCAGGCCACCCUGAAGAAGAUGAACGUCCAGCCCAUCCAGGGCAUCGAGGAGGUCAACAUGUUCAAGGAGGACGGCAACGUCAUCCACUUCGCCGCUCCCCGCGUCCACGCCUCCGUCCCCUCCAACACCUUCGCCCUCUACGGCAACGGCGAGGAGAAGGAACUCACCGAGCUGGUCCCCGGCAUCCUGAACCAGCUGGGUCCGGACUCCCUCGCCUCCCUGCGCAAGUUGGCCGAGAGCUACCAGAACAUGCAGAAGGCUCAGGGCGAGAAGAAGGAUGAUGACGAGGAUGAUAUUCCCGAGCUUGUUGAGGGUGAGAACUUCGAGGACAAGGUCGAAUAA